AAUUAUUUUAUUUAUUAAUAAAUAAAAGAAUAAAGACAAUACGAGAUAAAAGAAUAAAGGAAUAAAUAGAAUAAAGUGCCAAGAGUAUUUCACAUUACGAAUUACACUCCACGAAUGUACCUAAUUGCAAACACGGACAACCAGUUGACUUUUUUUAGAAGCAUAUAAGGUCAGCUUUAACUCAACACCACAUCCUGUAAGCUUAAAAACAAAACCCCUGCUCAGUUCUCUCUCCACAUGUGAGAUUGAUUGUUAAACAUUACACUACACCGUCACAUCAUCACAGGGUCGAUGCAUUCACCUGAUUUGACCACAGGUUAAUUAUGAACCUGCGUGCAGGUGAUUUAGCACAAUAGUGCUCCACUUAAACGUCCCUCAUGUCCCUCAUGUCCUCCUGGAUCUGGAUGGUACCUUUUCUUUUUUAAAUUAGUUUCUAGUGGCCGCUCUGUCUUUAUUCCGCAGUGUCCCGUCUCUCUGUGGCUAAUAAUAACACACACACACACACACAGAGAGGAUGGAUGGAUGUUAAACCAGGCGGGCUGAGGCUGAGUGACAGCAGGUCCAGCAUUAUGUAAAUGAGCGGUGUAGUGCAGCGGCAGCGCCGGGCAGAUUAGGACUGUGCUCGGGCUCAGUGAGCCAGCUCUCCUCCUCCUCCUCCUCCUCCUCCUCCUGCUGGAGCAACUAGUGCCGCUGAAACACCCGAAACACACGCGGCAUCACUUUGCAAGCAGACCUGGGCAAAGCUCGGUGACACGGUUUCAUGCACACGUGUUUUAGUCUGAUAAAUGUCAUGCAUUCACUGUAUAGACGGCGUUAAAUGGUUAUAAGCGCUCGUCCUGCUCCUGCGGGGACGCGCAGCGCGCUCUCAAAACCCCUCCCCCAUCUCAGUUAGUUAAACCAGCGUUUUAUCAAAGCAUCACCCACUGUGGGGAAAAUAGACCCCUGACCUGUAAUAACCUGUAAUACACUGUUUUAAGACAUGUUUCCCCUCAUGUGUGCAGGACACAGAGCCUCUGCAGCCGUCCUGGUGUUAUAAUAAAGAGGCAGUGUGGCUGUGCUCUGUGCUGUGCUUGGUUUGGGGUUUAGAGAGACCGAGCUGUAAGUAGGUCGGGCUGGGCUUAAGCGGCUUAGCUACGUCAGCCUAAGCUGGGAGGAAUUCAUCCAAAGCCCUCCGCGGUAGGCGGGGGCCUAAACGAGGCUGGCCUAGUUAAGCCUGAUUCUUAUUGUGUGCAGCACUGCCUGUUUUUGUUGUGCAACGUGGCUGAGAGGGGAACCUAGGAGUAGUGUAUGAAUCCAUGCACAUGUUAGACACAGUUUAGGUUUGAUUUAGAAGAAGAAUGGAAGAAAAAAUGAGAAAUAUAUGGGAGUAAGGCCAGCGUUAAGCUUUAAACACCGUGGACCAAGAGAAGCCAGCUGCAGGGACCAAAAAAAAAAGACAGGUGGGAAGAGUGAGGAGCCUCAGUAUUGAGCGUGGUUGCUGAACGGCGACAGCCAGCCAUAGGCCUGACUUGGUCUGCGUGAGUCCGCUAUGCUAUAAGAUGGCAUCCAGCUCUGUGUUUCUGUCCAGUAUGGUGGGCAAAGCUCGCUCCUCCAACUUCACACUCUCUGAGAAGCUGGACCUGUUGAAGCUGGUCCGUCCUCACAUCCGCAUCCUGGAGGAGCACACCAACAAGCACGCGGUCAUCGUGGACAAGAACAAGUGCUGGGACACCGUGGCUGAGCAAUACAACGACCUCGGAGGGGACAGACCCCAUCGCACCGCUCAGGGCCUCAGGACCCUCUACAAGAGGCUGAAGGAGUCAGCCAAGCAGGAAGUGAUGCAGCGGAGACACGCCCAGCCAGAGUACAGAGCCAGCAUCUCGGAGCCAACCAGGAGAAUCAUGGAGAUGAUCCCUCACCUGUUUCACCAUGUGCCCAUCCAUGAAAAGGACCAGGCCCUGCGCAGAUUAAUAUACAGCAAGCACAACUCUCCUGUCGAACAUCCUGGCAGCAGCUCCUCUCUGGCCGGACUCCAGGAUUACUCAGCAGCUGUCCCAAGUAUCCCCCAUGAGGUGGUCCAGCUGGACCCUGAAGAGGAUGUUAAACCGCCGCCAGAUCUCCCCAUCCACUCCACACACACAGAACCAGGGCUGGACGGAGGCCAGGAGCGGGAGGGGGACGGGGAGGGGGAACAGGAGUUGGGCAGCGUCCACGAUUACGAAGCAUCCCUGUCUCCCGUCCCUUCCUCCGUUAACAUCCCCCUCUCCCCCUCGCCGCUGCCCUUAGGCCACGACCUUUACCCCAACGACAUCUACCCCCACCACGAGCACGACAGGUUCCGCCCUCUGCACCUCGCCAAAGAGGAGCACGAGUUGGUGUUAGCCAAUCACAGGAAGGUUUCCUUGUACCUUGAGGAGAAGAGGGAGGGGCUGAAGAGGAAACAAGACCUAGAGGAGGAACUUCUGAAAGCCAAGAUCAAAGUGGAGAAACUAAGGGCUGCUCGACUGAGACACGGGCUGCCAAUUCCUCUAUAACGAGCAUGAACACGCACAUCCAGUGUCCAGUGUUAGUAAAGGAGAGGCUCUGAGGAGCAAUCACACUCAUCAGUUUCAUGUUUGAGAACUUGAAUUUCUUUUGGAAACAUAGUGCCUCGUACAGACACUAAAAGCCUGUUUGCAUAUUGCAGGUCAAGGCUGAUUUGUGUUGCCAUCAGUCUGUGUUUAUGCUUGUCAGUGUUAGAAAUGUAUCAUCAUAUCGUUCUUAAUGACAGAAGCAGCAGAAAAACACUGUGACUGGCCAAAAUAGGUUAAAUAAAUGUGAAAGUCCAGGUUUGGGAAGGGAAUAUUAGUAGUAAUGAAUGACGUGUACCAUAGUGGUGCUUUUCCUGCCUAGAUCUGCCACCGAUAUGUAUCUAUGGGAAUUGUAGCAUAGUGUUAAUGAUAUACUGGAGAGUCACCAGUGUGAGUGUCUGCCUCUGUUCAUUCUUUGUAAAGAAAAUUUCCAUUUGAUCUGACAUCUGUAAAAAUCAGAUGUGAUAAACUAUAAAGUCAUUUCAUUGUAGCACUUGUAGGGAACCAAACUAGGGGCACUUAUUCAACAUUUUGUAGGUUAGAAAUGCACUCCAAACAAAGUUAACACUUUUUUUCUAGAGCCGAUAAAUGUUCAGAUACCCAGGAUUGAAGCACAAGUUAAACUGCCGAUGGCCUUAAACCCAAGAUGCUAAUAAUGACAAAUCCUGUUCGGUGAGUUGCUGGUUUUACAUGAAAGUGAGAUAAAUCUGUUCAAGUCAGAAAUUCUCUCUGGUUGCUGAAUAUUGAUUUAAGUGAUCAAAAGAAGGGAGAUGUGGAGUCGGUUUUGCGAUGUUAUUGUUAUUUAAUGUUUGUGACUACGGCAUUGAUUGUAUUGUAAAGUUGAGUGUUGUCAGUUUCUUUUACACUUUGUCCAUAUGUUCACUUGUUUCUAUUAAAAAAGUAAGGUUAAUAUGAUGCUGGUUUUAUGUUUAUUACAGUUCAAACAGGCAUCUGCUCUCAUGAUUUCAGCCUCUCUGAGGAAGAUGAUUUUUCUUAAUUGGGUUGUCUGUAUUUACAUAUCUUUGUUACCGACAUUAAAAGCAAAGCAUGAUGACCACUGCACUUUAACUUCAACAUGACGUGAGUAGCGCUUAAGUUUUCAGGCAUGUGAAUGUAUGAGAGGGAGGGGUAUCAUCUCUGGUAUGAAGGUCUAGUAUGAUGUAGACCCGGUGCAGCAGGGACCUCUGCUGGUGAGCUGUGUCUUAGAUAUUUCUGUUGGUUUUUCACUAUGUUGUAUGUC